UGCCUCAUCAUGGUGUCCACACCAUCCCUAAUGGUGGCCCUUCAUGUGGGCUACAGGGAGCACCGGGAGGCCAAGCACAAGAGAAAGUUCUACAAGGACAAAGGGAGCAUUGAUGGUGGUCUUUUCUGUACCUAUGUCCUCAGUUUGAUAUUUAAGACGGGCUUUGAAGUGGGGUUCUUACUGGCUUUUUACUACUUGUACAGUGGUUUUGAGGUGCCCAUCCUCAUGCAGUGCACACAGAAACCCUGCCCCAACACUGUAGACUGCUACAUAGCCCGAGCCAUGGAGAAGAAGAUUUUCCUCUACAUCAUGGGCUGCACCUCUAUUUUGUGUAUAGCUCUCAACUUCUCAGAGCUCCUUUACAUUGUGUGGAAGAAGUUGUGGAGACACUUCAGCAGGCGAUAUGUUCCUGUGGAGCAGCAGAGUUUGAAAAACAGCCAGCUUCAUGUUUCAGCUGACAAAAGAUUCACAUCGUCUGAGCAGCUUGAAAACAUAAAGGUCUCCACACCAGAACCCGCAGCUGAUGCAGUCAAAAAACCCGCCAGUCCAGUUCUGCAGAGCUGAGAGGAACCGGGCAAAGACAAAUGCAGCCUCUUUUUGGCCUGAAAUAUAACCGACAAUAAAUGUUUUUUUAAACAUAUCAUUGGAUCUAUAAAAUUUUUUUUUUAAAUCUCUUCAGAGAAUCAUUGAAACUUAUUAAAAUAUCUGUUGAAUUGUUGACGUCUUGAAUGGAAAUAUGUUACACAGCAAUAUAACUGCCUCUUAUAGAUAACAUCCUUUUUUGUUCCAGCUUGCUUGUAUGAUGGUACACUGCUCUGGUUUUGUACUUUGAGAUUUCUUUCUCUCUAUUUCAGUAAUAUGUGUUGUGUCUAGUGAAUUUGUUUAAAAACUCUUGGUUCUUCCAGCACCACCAAACAGUCCAGAAACAGGUAACACUAGAGCUUAAUGUUUUCAUUGCUCAGGGCCUCAGGGCAGCUUUUUGUAUCCUUGAGUGUUUAUUUCUUUUUCAGUGUUUUAGUAUUAUAUAGAUUUUAAUGUGACCUUUAUUAACUGUCUUCAAAGAAUGUGAUUGGAAAUUUUAUGUAAUUUCCGAUCACAAAAAAUAUGUGAUCGGAAAUGCCACCUUUGA